AUGGAAAAUGAGUCGCCUCUUUCGAGUCCCGAACCCGGGCUGACCGACCUCGAUUCGCCCCAGGCAUCAAAUAGAAGAAAGUCCGGACGUGUGUCGCGCAAACCCGAAUUUCUUUCUCAAAGUUACAGUGAUUCAAACCCUGGCGCAGCCAAGCGCAAGCGUGACUCUGCCCGCGAUGAAGACGAGGAGGAUGAUGCUGAUGAGCACGACGCGUCGGAAUCAGAAGAAAUCAGUGACGACGAGCCAGACGAAGAAGAAUUGAGGGAAAAGAGACGCGCUGCGCGCAAGGCUUCCGCAAAGAAAGCCACGUCUGACGCCAAAAGCAAGAAGACAAAGUCUCAAGCGACACAUGCUGCAAAGAGGCCUAAAGUCGCGGGCAAUGGGGUUCCGAGCCAGCUGGCAAUUCGCCCCGCUGUCAAUGGCAAGAAAACAGUGUCGCGUCCCAGGAAGGUGAAACCACGGCCUAGUUUGGCCGCCGGACAGAGUGGCUUAUAUGCGGAGGUCUUUGGCAAAAACCAGACUGGCGACACUGUUGCUGCCGAAUGGCUUACCCAGUAUCAGAAGGAUGCCAAGGCUGCGAUGCAUGCCAUGAUCAACUUUAUACUCAAGUGUGCAGGGACCGAUUUGGAAGUGAGCGAUGCGGAUAUUGAUGAUCCAGACCACGCACCAGAGCGCAUCAAUGACUUGUCGACCGAGUAUCAUGCGCAAGGGAUCUUCGAAUAUCCUCUCAUUUCCAGGGCUCGGACAUUCAAAGCCUUUCAGCCCAUUCUAGAAGACUUCUUCGCCGCGCUCGUGCAGACUCUUCAUCAUUCUUCAGUUCUGUAUAAGCAGCAGGAGCUUUACGAAAACCUUCAAAUAUGGUUAGCUGCUUUGUCCACUUCGGGUUGUCGGCCAUUCAGACAUACCUCGACCGUCAUCUCCCUCACGAUCAUGAACGCCUUGUGUGAUGUUGCACGAGAAGUGAUGACCACUGUCUCUACCUCCCGUAAACAGCUCGAGGCGGAGAAGAAAAAGAAGACGGUAAAUCAGGGCAGAGUCAAUGCGAUUACUUCGACAGUCGAAGAAGGCGAAAGCAAGCUGGAGGCAAUUGAUGAGUAUCUCAAAGACGGUGUCAAUAUCGUUUUUGUCCACCGCUACCGAGACAUCGACGCCAAAAUUCGCAGUGAGUGCAUUGCCGCUCUGGGGCGCUGGAUGCACACCUAUCGAGAAUACUUUUUCGAAGGUCAAUUCCUUCGCUAUUUUGGCUGGAUUCUCUCCGACCCGUCUGCUGAGACACGCUCCAUUGUCGUGACGCAGCUCCAGCGUCUGUACUCUAACAAAGAUAACAUUGCUGGCUUGAGGUCGUUCACUGAGCGCUUUCGCCAGCGCAUGGUGGAGAUGGCAGCCCACGAUGCGGACGUCGGCGUGCGCGCCUCGUCGAUUGAACUACUCGAUCUCAUUCGGGAGGCUGGUUUACUUGAGCCUGCCGAUAUCGACACCGUUGGUAGACUCGUAUUCGACGUGGAACCCCGUGUCCGCAGAGCUGCCGGUCCGUUUUUCGUGGCCAAUGUGGAAGAUGUGUUUGAGUCCACAACCGAAGAGGUCGGAGACGAGAUGAAUGAGAUGUUUGGCGACGAAGAUGAGGAUGACUACGAGUCGCCCAAGCGAUCCUGGAUCAAGUUCAAGUGCCUGGUUGAUAUCCUUCAAGCGUAUGAUGAACAGGAAAACGAACUGGCUCCUGAGCGGAAGUUGUCCACGGCGCGGGAUGCACUUUCCGGCGCCUCCUUAGACUCGCGGUUUGUACUUGCUACGGAGGCCAUUUACCCGCACUUCGCAGAGCUCUCUCAAUGGCAAUCUCUGGCCGGCUUCCUCCUCUACGACCAUUCCCAGAUUCCCGACGAUCCUACUGAGGACAAUGCCACCGGCACGGUCAAAAAACUGUACAAGAUGCAGGAAGGGCAGGAGGUUAUCCUUCUUGAAGUCCUCUGUUGUGCGGUUAAGUUACGCAUCCUCGAUGUCGCCAAGUCAGACAUUGACAAAAGAGGUCGUAAAGUGAAGGCAUUGACAGACAAGAUUCCCGAGCUUCAAGAAGAGAUUGCACAUAGUCUUGCGCAGAUCAUUCCUCAAUUGUUGAACAAGUAUGGAUCGGUUCCGGAAGCGGCGUCUGCCGUUCUUCGACUUGAGCAUCUGGUCGACUUGGACAAGAUCCAGGAUCUGCAAAAGGAUGCCACCGCAUACACUUCACUGCUGAACGAUAUCAACAAGCAGUUCCUCACGCACUCUGACCAGGAUGUGUUGGCAGAGGCCGGUGUAGCCUUUUUACACGCAAAGAGCUCUGAUGACAUGCGAGAAGCUCUCGAGAGUAAGGUACAGGAGCUAUGGGAUGAUAUAAUAGAUGCCCUCGAGGCUCUGUCACAAAAGAAAGGAGUUGUUGAGGGUAGUUCUAUACCGAUGCCAACCCUGAAUGAUCUUGCCAACACAGCGAUGAGAAUUUUGAACCUGGCCAGUGUGACCGACUGCACACACGUCCUUGAGAAGAAGCCGACAUCUAAGUCCAAGGGCAGGAAAAAGGAAAAUCUUGAAGCUCCCUUCAAUGUGCUCAUUCAUUUGAUCAAACGUGGUCUGCGCGAGGAAGAGGAAGACGACGAGUCAGCCAAGGCAGAAACCGAGUUGGUGACGAGCAGUAUGCGGACGCUGCUCUUCUACUUCAUGUGGAAAGUACAAGCCUUAACCACGGCCUUGAGCGCAGGAAAGGCAGCUUUCACUACGGCGUACUUUGAAGCUCUGACUAAGAGCCGUGAGGUGUUUGUUGCUAGUCUAGUCGCUGUCAUGAGACAGCGCAGUGGUUUGGAUGACAUUCGCUUCACGGCGACCACAACACUGCUCGAUCUGCAAACGUUGUUUGGUACACUUCGUCACGCUGGGUUGAACACAGGGAACGAUGAGGAGGUUAUCAUGCAAACCCAGAGCUUGGUUCACGAAAUCGAUUCAAAUACACAGGCACUGAUCGCUAAGAUACAUGGCAUCGCGGAACGCACAUAUGCCAGGAAGUUACGACAGCCUCUCGAGCCUGCAGAAGACGACGAGCCUGCCUCUGAGUCGGACGUCGAGCGGGAGCCUUCAGAUGAGGAGGACGAAACAGGAGCAGAGGGCGAAUCAAUAGCGAACGAGCGUCUGCGCUCCACUAUUCUAGCGGAGCAACGGCUUUGCGAGCUGACGGGUAAAAUCGUGCUUGCCAUCAUAGGGCGCAUCAUAGACGCCUCGGGCUCGGAGCGCGGACAGUUGAAGCAGCGGCUCGUCCGGCACAAGUCCCGCUUAGGCCAGAACUACCGCGAGGUGUUGUCUUUCCUUGAUGAACGCAAACCUAAAGUUAUUGGGCCCCGGCCGUCUCGAUCGAAAGGCAAGCAAGCCGCCGCUGGAGACGCGCAACAGGACCGGGCGAGUGCUACCAAGCUCUCAAAAAUUUCCAAAUCAGCCGAGCGCAUAGACGACGAUGAUGAGGAGGAGGAUCACGAAGCUGACGUCGACGCUGAGCAAGAUGAUGAAGACGACCUUCGUGCACGAGGACUUGUCGAGGACGAGAAUAUCGACGAAGACCAUGAGGAGGAAGACGAUAAUCCCACCGCGCCAGAUCCCGAUGAGGAUGAAGUGAUGGGAGAUUAA